UGAGCCCCCUCUUUAUCGUCUUUAAAUGUCUUUUCACCGAUCCCUCAGCUAUGCGGAUUGAUGAUUAGCGCCAGAUGCAUCGGGCAGGUACCAGGUAUGGCAGGUAUGGCUUGGCAGCUUGGGCUGUGAUCCUCCUAUGUCGCCUCGAUGCGUGGCGCUUCUUGCUGCUGGAAUUUGACGAGGUGACCCUUGAUGCAAACCUUCAAAGGCGUGCGGUGCUGCCGUUUGCAGAUCCGCGAGUGAAGAGGCUGGAGUCAUUGCUGCUUCACUCCACGGGGGAGGACAAGUUUAAUUUCACCUGUGGCGUGGUCGAUGAGGGCAUUGGUGAUGCAGAGGUGACGCUUCAGUGGGAGGCUGACGUGGAUCGCGCAAAGAAGCCGCCUGGAGGUCGCGGACGCAGGCCAAAGCCCAAGUCUGUGGAGGUGUUGUUCACCUCGCCCCUGCGCGACUCCGGUCUUCCCAGGCCGCGGAAGCAUUUGUUGCUGGCCAUCCCGCGGCCCUCGCAGCUGGAACGUUUGCUGCCGCGAGUUGCUCAGAUGGGCGUGGGACACCUGAUCCUUUGUGGUGCUUCCAAAGUGGACGCCAACUACUUCAGGAGCCACGUCAUGGAGCUGCAGUACCUGCGGAAGUUCCUGGGCCUGGGACUCGCAGGGGCUGAGGACCCGAUGAUGCCGAAGAUCACGGUGGAAGCGGAUCUGCAGGAGCUUUUGGAAGGCAAAAGACUUCAGCAGAUCAUCCCAGGUGCUGUAUCCCGUGUUGUGGCACAUCCAACGCCAUUGAGUGAUGGGGCACUGUUUUUUACAUUAUCGCCGGAUUCAUCGCCGACUACGCAGGUUCUGAUGGCAAUUGGUCCUGAAGCAGGCUGGGAAGAGUCAGAACUCGAGAUGUUUGCUGCUGCAGAUUUCCAUGCGGUUUCUUUGGGCCCCCGCGUCUUGCGCUCGGAAGUGGCCACUGUGGCAGCACUGGCCCUGGCAGAGCAAAUGCUGAUUCAACCAGCUUUGCGGUGAUUGCUUAGUGAGGUAGAGCCAAAGUGCCUCAGGUGCAGGAAAA